GGGGCAGAGCGAGGGAGCGAGCAGCCGCGUGAGGCCGCCUCAGCCGCCCUUCCUUUCCUCCGCGUAGCUCCCGCCGGCGGGCUGCGAUGUCUCCCGUCAGCGAGGAGGUGGGAGCGGGAGACGCCGUCCCGGCUGCCCCCGUGGCCCCCUUCGAGGGGGGCGAGGCGCUGGGCGGCGAGCCGAAGCAGGAGAACGGCGGCGAGUGGUGCUCGCACCAGACGCUGCUCUCCUCGCUGGAGGCAGCUGCCGGGGAGCCUCCCCCGGUGACGGCGUUCGCAGCGACCGGGAGCCCCCUGGAGAAGAAGCUGCAGAUGCCGCCCACGCCGCCGCCGAAGGGAGGCGAGACGCCGUUCGAGCCCCCCGAGGGCGGCUGGGGGUGGGUGGUCAUGCUGGCCUCCAUGUGGUGUAACGGCGCCGUGUUCGGCAUCCAGAACUCGUGCGGGGUCCUCUUCAAAGCCAUGCUCAAGGAGUUCGGAGACCCCAACGACCCGCAAUUGACGUUCAAGACAGCUUGGGUUGGUUCCCUAUCCAUGGGUAUGAUCUUCUUCUGUUCUCCCAUAGUCAGUGUAUUUACCAACCUAUUUGGCUGCCGGUUAGUAGCUGUUGUUGGAGCAGCAGUGGCACUUGUUGGGCUUUUGUCAAGCUCAUUUGUAAGCUCACUUGGACCUCUAUACUUCACUUAUGGAAUCUUAUUUGGCUGUGGUUGCUCAUUUACCUAUCAGCCAUCCCUGGUCAUUUUGGGGCAUUAUUUCAAGAAGCGCCUGGGACUGGUGAAUGGCAUUGUCACUGCUGGCAGCAGCUUGUUUACUGUAACACUGCCCUUUCUUUUAACUGUACUGAUUGACUCAGUUGGCUUAUACAACACUUUCCGGAUCCUGUGCAUUUUUGUGUUCGUUCUCUUCCUGGCUGGUUUUACUUACAAACCCCUCAUUCCCAGUGCCAAAGAAAAUGGGGAAAAGAGCAAGUCCACAUUUCCUCCUGCAAACAAAAUUUUUAAUUUUUCCAUUUUUAAAAUUAAGAGUUAUCUAAUCUGGGCUAUUGGAAUCCCAGCUGCCUUAUUUGGAUACUUCAUACCUUAUGUGCACCUAUUGCACCAUGUGAAGCAACGUAUUGGUGAACAUGUUCCAGAUGAGACACUUCUGCUUUGCCUUGGCAUUACUUCAGGAGUUGGUCGGUUGAUCUUUGGCAGAAUUGCAGACUAUAUUCCGGGUGCAAGAAAGGUUUAUCUACAGGUGAUUUCAUUUUUCUUCAUUGGCCUGAUGUCUAUGAUGAUUCCAUUAUGCGACUCCUUUGGAAGUCUCAUUGCUGUCUGCCUCUUCAUGGGUCUUUUUGAUGGCUGCUUCAUUAGCAUUAUGGCACCAAUUGCCUUUGAACUAGUUGGUGCACAGUAUGUUUCUCAGGCAAUUGGAUUCCUCUUGGGCUUCAUGUCUGUUCCAAUGAUAGUUGGUCCACCUGUUGCAGGAAUACUUAAAGAUCACCUAGGUACUUACGAUGUAGCAUUCUACCUAGCAGGAGUUCCCCCAAUGAUCGGAGGAGCUGUAUUGUGUUUCAUCCCAUGGGUGCAUGAAAAGAAGAAACCCAAAGAACAAGCUAGUCCUAUGGAUGGGAAAACUAUGGAGAAAAUGCUGGAAAUCAAAAGCACCUCAGUGCCAGACUCAUAUGAAAAACCCAGAAAAGAAUCAGAGUCCGUUAUUUAAUGGUUGAUAUUUUUCCUAACAGAUUGAAUUUAUUUUUAUAAGAACUAGGUUAGCUUUCUGUUUAUGAAUUGAAUGUACCGUAUGAUUGUACUUCAAAAGCCAACCCACAAUGAGAGCUAUCAAAGUAGUAAUGGUUAAAACAAAAUGGUUUAAAUGCCUUUCACCCAUUUUUAUAUGGUCUCAAAACACACUUCCACGUACUACAUGGAGCUUUUUGUCAUCAGAAUACAUGCUAGUGAGGGCAUGUGUCUGGAGAAUUUAAAACAAACACAUAUGACUGCAUUUCAAUAACUCAAGAAAUGUCCCCCUUCUACUAACUAAUCCUUUCAGAAUGCAUCCAGCAACUUCAUGAUUCACCUAAUGGUGGAAUGGCAUGCAUCUGGAAUUAUUAGUAACAUCCCAAUGUUCUCAAAGCUACUAUUUUUAAUCUUUAAAAAGAUCUGUGGGGUUUGCAAUGUGGAUUCACAGCUUUUUAGAUCCUCUUAAAAACAAAUUCUAUGCAGAUUUUGGCAUGCUACGACCACUGAUUUCAAUGGGUUUAAGAAUGCCUAAUGCUGUGUAAGAUUGCAGCUUUAGCUUUUAAUCCCCAGGAAACCAUUGCAGUAAACUAUGAAAAUGUAUUUUCAUAAUGCAAUAGUGACAAUUUAACUUUUGCUUAACUCUGCAGUGGAACCCUUCUUGCAUUUCUUCAUUUAUUUGCUUCGUGUAUUUUAAAGGUGGGUGGCAUCGUGGUAACCUUAUAACUCUUUAUUUCUUAAAUAAUUUAAAUUAAACUGCUGAGUUAAUGA